UUAUCGGACCCUAUUCCCCUCUCUCUCUCUCUCUCUCGUGUUCUGCAACUCAUUCAUCAAUCAUUUGCUUGAGCCGAGGCAAAAUCGCUAAAAGAGCAUUGGUUGUGAAGCCAGCCCCAGCUGAAUACUUGAUAUGGAUUUAUUCAGGAAGGCCAUAGUGGAAACUGGGCCACCUGAAGGGUUUGCUCUUCAGAUGGUGCAAGAAGCAAUAAAACCUCAGAAACAAACGAAGUUAGUACAAGAUGAGAAUCAAUUGUUGGAAAAUUUACUACGGACGCUACUUCAGGAACUCGUGUCAGCUGCAGUUCAGUCUGGAGAGAAAAUUAUGCAUUAUGGGCAGUCAAUUGCUGAUGAGGAGAUCACUCAGGGUCAAAUUCCUCGCCUUCUUGACAUUGUGCUGUAUCUAUGUGAGAAAGAACAUGUUGAAGGUGGUAUGAUAUUCCAGCUAUUAGAAGAUUUGACAGAAAUGUCCACAAUGAGAAAUUGUAAAGAUGUCUUUGGUUAUAUAGAGAGUAAACAAGACAUAUUGGGUAAGCCAGAACUGUUUGCACGAGGAAAACUUGUGAUGUUGAGAACAUGCAAUCAACUUCUUCGUCGUCUGUCAAAGGCAAAUGAUGUGGUGUUUUGUGGACGAAUUAUAAUGUUUCUAGCCCAUUUUUUCCCGUUAUCCGAACGGUCAGCUGUGAAUAUAAAGGGAGUUUUCAACACAUCAAAUGAGACAAAAUAUGAGAAAGAGGCCCCUGAUGGCAUUUCUAUUGAUUUCAACUUCUACAAAACCUUUUGGAGUCUACAGGAACAUUUCUGUAACCCUGCUUCCUUAACUCUUAAUCCUACAAAGUGGCAAAAAUUUACUUCCAGUUUAAAGGUUGUUUUAAAUACAUUUGAAGCUCAGCCUUUAAGUGAUGAAGAGGGUAAUGCUAAUCAUCUCGAGGAUGAGGAGGCGACCUUCAGUAUAAAAUAUCUUACAAGCAGCAAACUAAUGGGUCUAGAGUUAAAAGAUCCAAGUUUUCGACGCCAUAUCCUUGUUCAGUGCCUUAUUUUGUUUGAUUAUCUGAAGGCUCCAGGAAAGAACGAUAAAGAUUUGCCAUCUGAAACAAUGAAAGAAGAAGUAAAAUCUUGUGAGGAACGCGUAAAGAAACUACUUGAAAUGACUCCACCAAAAGGGAAAGAGUUUCUUCAUAGCAUCGAGCAGAUAUUAGAACGCGAGAGGAAUUGGGUGUGGUGGAAACGUGAUGGUUGCCCUCCAUUUGAAAAGCAACCAAUAGAUAAGAAGUCAAUUCAAGAAGGAGCAAAGAAACGUAGGCCACGUUGGAGACUGGGGAAUAAAGAACUCUCUCAAUUGUGGAAAUGGGCAGAUCAGAAUCCGAAUGCUCUGACUGAUGCUCAACGUGUGCGCACUCCUGCUGUUACAGAAUACUGGAAGCCCUUGGCUGAAGAUAUGGACGUAACUGCAGGAAUAGAGGCAGAAUAUCACCACAAAAAUAACCGGGUUUAUUGCUGGAAAGGUCUCCGUUUUUCAGCUCGACAGGACUUGGAUGGAUUUUCUAGAUUUACGGAAUAUGGUAUUGAAGGGGUUGUGCCUUUAGAACUUCUGCCUCCUGAUGUCCGGUCGAAAUAUCAAGCUAAACCAAGUGAAAGGUCUAAACGUGCUAAAAAGGAAGAAACAAAAGGUGCUGCAAAUCAAGUAGAAGAAAAUCAGAUUGCAACACCUGCAAGUGAGAUGGAUGGUGAAGGAAGCAGAACUGAUCUUGAAGCCUCAGCAGCUCCAAUGGACACUGAAGUGAUAACCGGUAAUAUUUCCCAGGGUGAAACUCCAACUCCAGAUGAAAGUCAGAAGCAAAGCUCUGACACGGAUGGUGGCCCAGAGCCAGGGCAGAUAGAAGCAGAUGUGGAAGUAGAGGCAGGAAUGAUUGAUGGAGAGACGGAUGCAGAGGUCGAUUUAGAUGCAGUAGGAUGAGAAAUACGAGUGUGCUUUCAUACCAAGAGUUGACAAUGCUGCAAUCUCAAAAGAAACAAACGAUUAGGAUUGAUUUCCCAUUUUGAAGACACCCGACAGCAAGCCUCCCAACCUAUGAGACUACUGCGAAAAGCAUCCUUUAUGACGAGCUAUUCAAACUACGGUCAUCCGAGACAAACAAACGAUUAGGAUUGAUUUCCCAUUGUUAUUGCCCUUCACAGAAGUUUCCGAACGUUGUUCCAAGAUAUAACUGACUUUUUUGAUAUGCAUAUGUAUUCCAUGUUACAUAUAAUGACUGAAUUGGGGGCUUAAUUCCCAAACAACACAAGGAGCUUUAGUAAUAUAGAUCCCUUGUCAUAUUUUUUAUUACC